GGAGGCUUGUCGGGCACGAAUGCCACUCGUUGCGCGUCCCUUAUAAUUUGGAGAGGUGUAUGCAGCGCACGGCCCCGUUCGCCUUUCCAGGUGGAAAAAUCCAGGAGGAGCAGAAAGAAAGAGAGAGAGAGAGAGAGAGAGAGAGAGAGAGCCGAACUUAACCGGGACCGCUGGUGAACCCGCGUCAGGACAGGUGAAAUCCCCAGCAGGCUGCCGGCGAGGCCACCGGGGUCGAUUCCGAUACAGGGGGAGCGAGGCGCUGCGUCCGAGCGCGGGUCAUGGAUGAACGUCCCGCCGCUGCACCGAGGAGGUUCAACUUCACCCAGCUGAAUCAUCGCUGACUACAUAAGGUCCCAGCGGGAGUUUAUAUAUAUAUAUAUAUAUAUAUAUAUCUCUACCGGGGAUAUUCACACAGCUUGGAUUCAACUUUAUACAAAUAUAUAGAUAUAUAUAUAUAUCUAUAUAUUUUAAAAAGGUGAAAGGUGUACACAAUGAAAGGGAGGCACGGCGCAGAGGAAUCCGUCAAGCUGCUGCUUGUGUGAAUGACCGCCGCCGCCUCAUCACGCAACAAGCGCUCGGGUCAGUGAACACGGCUGCGCAAUGAAGGAGAAAUCCAAGACGGCCGCAAGGACUAGACGGGAAAAGGAGAACAGCGAGUUCUACGAGCUCGCCAAAAUGUUGCCCCUGCCGUCGGCCAUCACCUCCCAGCUGGACAAGGCUUCGAUCAUACGGCUGACGACGAGCUACCUGAAGAUGAGAAUAGUUUUCCCCCAGGGUCUGGGUGAGGCCUGGGGUCAUACAAGUCGAAGAUCUUUGGAAAAUAUCGGACGAGAGCUUGGAUCCCAUUUACUGCAGACGUUGGACGGAUUCAUCUUCGUUGUGGCUCCGGAUGGAAAGAUAAUGUACAUAUCGGAGACCGCGUCGGUCCACCUCGGACUGUCUCAGGUAGAGUUGACCGGGAACAGUAUUUAUGAAUACGUCCACCCCGCCGACCACGACGAGAUGACCGCUGUCCUCACGCCACACCAGCCCUACCACUCACAUUUCGUCCAAGAAUAUGAAAUGGAGCGCUCUUUCUUUUUGCGCAUGAAAUGUGUGCUGGCGAAAAGAAACGCAGGCCUCACCAGUGGUGGAUACAAGGUGAUCCACUGCAGCGGCUACCUGAAGAUCCGUCAGUACAGUUUGGACAUGUCGCCCUUCGAGGGCUGCUACCAGAACGUGGGGCUGGUGGCAGUGGGACACUCUCUGCCCCCCAGCGCCGUGACCGAGAUCAAACUGCACAGUAACAUGUUCAUGUUCCGAGCCAGUCUGGACAUGAAGCUCAUCUUCCUGGACUCCAGGGUAGCGGAGCUGACGGGCUACGAGCCCCAGGACCUGAUAGAGAAAACCUUGUACCAUCACGUCCACGGCUGUGACAUCUUCCACCUCCGCUGUGCCCACCACCUCUUGCUGGUAAAAGGCCAAGUCACCACUAAGUAUUAUCGUUUCCUGGCCAAGCACGGUGGCUGGGUCUGGGUCCAGAGUUACGCCACAAUCGUGCACAACAGCCGAUCCUCAAGACCUCACUGUAUCGUCAGUGUCAACUACGUCCUCACGGACACUGAGUAUAAGGGAAUGCAGCUCUCUUUGGACCAAAUGAGCCCCACCAAGCCAGCCUUCCCCUACGCCAACAGUCACACUGAGGACAGGAAGGGCACCAAGUCACGUCUGACCCAGGCGAAGGCCAAAGCCAGAGUGUCACCCUACCCACAGCAGUUUACCGCUUUCAAUCCAGAGCGUUCGGAGUCAGACCAAGACAGCCAAUGGGGAGGAAGCCCUCUGACAGACUCCGCAUCUCCUCAGCUGCUGGAUCCCGGUGAGGCCACGGAGGCAUCCUGUGCCUACCGACUGUAUCCAGACUCAGGCUCCCUGUGCUACAGCCUUGGUUUAUCCGAGGAAGAUCUCGCCCAUGCGCAAGCACAUCCCCACACCACCACCUGUGACCGCGUCCGUUGCCAGAGCAGCCGCUACUUCCUAGGAACCCCCCAGUCUGGAAGAGAGGUGUGGUGGGACGCCACACGCUCGGUUCUCUCGCUGCCGAAACCCUCGGUGGAGAACAGCGAAGCCUACGAAAUCACAUCCUACCAUGGAGCCAUUCACGGACGGGGCCACUGGGAUGAAGAUAGUGUGGUGAGUUCACCUGACGGAGGCGGGUCCACCAGUGAUUCCGGUGAACGUUACCACGGUGACCACUUCCGCUCAAGCCCCCGUGAGCCGAGCAAGAUGGAGACCCUAAUUCGUGCCACGCAGCAGAUGAUCAAAGAGGAAGAGAGCCGGCUGCAGCAGCACAAGGCGCCGCUGGACGUCUCAGGGCUCGCCAAAGCUCAUAGCCCCUGCUUCAACUCCUCACUACCCCACCACUCGCAGCUCACCAUGCCCAGUGUGGUGUGUCGGGGCCCUGGGGCCCCCAGUAUUGACCUCCCCUCUGAGCGGCUACAUCACCGGGAUGGCGUCAAAGUGCUGGGCCCCCAUGACAAUGACGAAAACACAACCAGUCCCGUUUCUCUCUCUCGUCUCAGCAGCCCCAGCUCUGAUGGGAUGCCCCGGUCGGGCCUCUCCCUCACCAAAGACUACAUGCAGACUGAUCUGUCCCCCCACGCUUCACAGCCCCAGGGAAGCCCGCUGCUCUAUUCAAACCAGGAGAGGCAGCCACUGGACAGACAAGCAGCUUAUGCUUUGACUGGGUACUCCCUGGAGCACCUGUACGACCCAGAGAACCUGCGGAGCUACUCGGGUCUGGCCUGUGGAGGAGUCCAGUAUGACGUGGCACCUCAUGUGAGGAUGCAGGCUGAGCAGAUGCAGGGACACAAAGCCACCUCAGUAAUCAUCACCAACGGGAGCUGACGACAUCUGGUGCAGAGAGGUCCUGUUCUCUAAAAGAGGAUGUCACAGUAAGGUGGUGCUGUAUGCACAUUUAACACUGGCCAGGCACUUGAUGGAGAUGGCAAGACAAUAAAAAAAAAGAAAAGAACAAAAAGGUACCUGCACUGGGCUGAUGCGCUCUGUCUGGCUCAUUCGGUGCAAUUUCUGUUUUCGUCAGGCCUGUGUGUCGUACGAUUUUCUAAGACUCUGAAAGGACUAGUGUUGAAAAAAAAUAACAUUGGGUGCAGCACCUGGCACAAGGCGGAGGGUUUGUUCCAUUACAUAGGAAUACAGUGCUGAUUUAAUGGCAGCGGGCUGAAUUCCCCCCUCCUUGCAAAGGCGACCCAAGUUUUGAGUCUGGUUAAACAUCAAACCAGCGUUUCUGUUCCAAAUGUCUUACGCGUCAUUGGCCAUGUGAGUUAAUCUGUCCUAGACACGAUUUCCGAAGGCAGUAAGAAAAAUGUCUUGUUCCAUUGCCCCUUCACCUGAAAACUCCAUUGCACAGAGCAUAAUGUUUGACACAUGACGUGCAACAUGGGAAAGGCGAGCAUUUCACUAUUGUAAUAUGUCAGUGUUUCCUGGUAUUUAUUUGUCAGUGGGCGAUUUUCUGUAUGUGUCAUUUCUUCCUGUCCAAGUAGAAACUUUACAACUGGUGGCAUUAAAUUAGUUUUGGUGUUUGGAUUACACCAACAAUAGAUCAGAGAAAAAAAAUCAAGUGGAAAGUGACAGAAAAAAAUGCCUCUGAUAUGUAAAACUGUAAAAUAUGCAGGACAACUUUAAUCUGUUUUAACGUGUAUGUGAUAUGCCCACACUUAGAGCGCAAAGAGAUUACAAAUCCACCUCACUUGUAAUCUCCCCAUCGCCUCUUAAUAUAUACGUUGUAUGUAUCGAUUUGUUUACAUAUCAGAGUAUAAUUUUUUCCUGUUUUUACCAAAAGCUUUACCCAAUAUAUAAGCAUAUGUAGAGUAUGCUUUAAAUUUUUUAAAAUUGUUCUUGAAGAAAACCCAUUUGUUUUUGUUUUGUCAUGAGAGUCUAAAGUGUUAAAAUGAUUGAUACCAACUUAUCUAAAAGUAUGAUGAAUGUCUUUAGUUUCUUAUUUAAUUUAUGAUGUAAAUAUCAUCACACAAUGAACUUUUGGACAAGGAGUGACACGAUUAUUUAUUAAUUGGUUAAAAAGUCUCUUAAAUCUGAAUACUGUUGCAAACAAA